AUGCUUGCUGCUGAACUUCGUGAAGCUCAACAACGUGCUGCUGCUCAAGCUGGUAAACGCAAUCAACGUCACGCUGCCCGUUCCCGUUCUCGAUCUAUUUCUAUCUCCAACGACACCACUCUUUCACAAAUUCAAUCUUCUCCUCUUCCUGUGAUUAUGGAAGCACAACAAUAUUCAAAGAUUAUUGAUACUAUCCCUGUUUUUUCUGGUAAUCCUCAUGGCAAUAUUCAUGAAUGGCUUGAUUUGGUGGUUUUAAAGUUUGAUAUGAUUGGUUAUACUGCCAUUCAAAAACGUCGAUUCAUUCCUCAAUAUCUCACUGGUGAUGCUCUUAAAUUGCAUUUGUCUCAUCGUGAUCAACUGCAAGGUUGGGACGAUUAUUGUGUUGCUCUUGUAGCUGCUUUUCCUCAUGUCGAAACUACAUCUCGUGACAUGAAUCUCAAACUGCUUCGUGAUCGUAAACAAGGAAUUACGGAAUCUUUUACAGAUUAUUAUACUGCUAUUUUUGCUCUCUGUUAUAAACAUGAUGAUGAAAUGACUGAUCUACAAAUUCUUGAUUGGCUCAAAGCUGGUAUGAAUCUCCAGUUGUAUGAACGUCUUCAAGGAGAAGAGUUUGUUACUCCUCAAGCUCUGCUACGUCGUGCUCAACGUGUUGAGCUUGAUACUGCUGUCCUUGAUGCUCGUAAACGAGAAUCCAAUCAUACUGUUCCUCGCAAUAAAUGGUUACCUACUGUUAAUCGAUCUUCUAACUGGGCUCCACCAUCAUUCUCCUCACCAUCUACAUUUCCACCAGCUUAUCCACCACUUAUACCUCCACCAAUACCCUAUGCUACUAAUAAUUUUCCACCACCUGCAGCAUCAUCCACAUUCUACUCUCCCAAUUUUGAUGCUGAUGUGACACCACGCUCUCGGCGCAUAGUGGGAGUUAAAACUAAUUUUUGA